UUUUUACUUCAGUCAGUUAUGAGAGCUGUGCGUAACAGUUGAAUGUACAUUGUUGAGCUUGUGUUAGGUGUAUUGUAGGUGAUCAAUGUAAUAUUAUUGUACCGAUUCUGUAUUGUGAACUAUACAAUUGGUUGCUUGAUGAUAUUUCAUCGACUUCAAGUCUAACCAAGUGGUUAUGAUUAUAUGGAUAAGUGAUAGUUUCAAAAGUGUCUGUUUUAUGAUAUUGAGCUAGAGUUUAUUUCACUGUUAAAAAGCCAUGUGUUUCAGCUUCGCGUUGCAAAAAUGGACGAAUGUCGAGCUAAUAUUGUUCAUCGUCAUUAUCACUUCCAUUACAACUGAUGGGCGAACUUCAGAUAAAUUAAAAAUCACUUUACCUCAUGGUGGUAGACUCAUUGGAAGAUAUUUGAACACAUUUAGUGGUCAAGGCAUUCUCGCCUUUUUAGGCAUACCGUAUGCAAAACCACCAAUUGAAGAUUUACGUUUUAGAGCCCCUGUACCUUACGGACCUUGGUCAGGUGAUCUAAUGGCAACUACUGAUUCACCAUUAUGUACACAACGAGAUCCCUAUCGCAGAGACGAAUCCAUUUCCGGUGUUGAGGAUUGCUUACAUCUAAACGUAUAUGUGCCUGAGCGGCCAAGAUCGCUGUCGGUGGAUGCAAAUAUGACACAUCCAGUUUUAUUUCCUGUGAUGGUUUUCUUUCAUGGUGGUGGUUGGCAAUGUGGCUCUGGAACUCGUUCUUUCUAUGGUCCCGAUUUCUUGCUCGAACAUGAUGUUAUCUACAUUGGAGCAAACUUUCGUCUCGGGCCACUCGGAUUUCUAAGCACUGAACAAGUGGAUUGUCCAGGAAAUAAUGGUUUAAAGGAUCAAAGUUUAGUCCUACGAUGGAUUAAUGAGAACAUAGCCUCUUUUGGAGGGGAUCCGAAAUCGGUUACUAUAUUUGGAGAAAGUGCGGGAGGAGCAAGUGGAACAUAUCACAUGAUGUCACCUUUAUCGAAAGGUUUAUUUCAUCGAGUUAUUUCUCAGUCAGGAGUGAAUUUGGAUGCCUGGGCUCAGCCAGCACAUCCAGGAGUAGCAAGAUCCCGAUCUAUUCAGCUUGGUAAAAUGUUGAAAUGUACAAAAACCAAUGAUGGAAGUUAUAUUGAGAUGCUGGAUUGUCUCCGAAGAGUCCCUGCGGAAGAAAUCACAAGAAAAUUCUAUGAUUUUUAUCUUUGGGACACGGAUCCAAUGAUCCCAUUUCCGCCUGUUAUAGAACCUGACAUUCCGGGAGCUUUUAUAACAAAACAUCCUAGAGAUGAAUAUGAGCCACAUGCUAUUGAACUUCCAUGGAUGACUGGAUUAACGUUUGAUGAGGGAGCUCUAAAAAGUGCAUCGCUGAUAAAUAUCCCCGAGCUUCGUAAGAGUUUGAAUGAUCACUGGGAUCGUGCGUUACCUAUUUCAUUAUAUUACGAUCAUCAUGAACCUGAGAUGCAGCGACAAAUUACACAGAAAAUAAAUAGUUUCUACUUUAAAAACCAGAAACUUGUAACUGCAACCGAGAGAAAUUUAACAAAUUUGUAUUCGGAUGCAUGGUUUUUAGCAGGCAUGGAUGAGUACUUGCGGAUUCGUUUGUUAGGACAUAAUAAGCGAAACUCGACAUUAAAAGUAGGAGAAACAUAUGUUUAUCUCUUCGCUCAGAAAGCUUCUGCUAGUUUCACGGAAAUAUUUAAAGGAGGAGCAGAAAAUUACUAUGGUGUUUGUCAUGCGGAGGAACUUCAAUAUAUUUUCCCGAUUGCAAAGGAAAUUCCAAACUUUCAGACAGCUAUUCCUACGGAAGAUGAGCUAGAGAUACGGCGCGUUAUUUUAAAGCUUUGGAUUAAUUUUGCUCGCACCGGCAAUCCAACUCCAGGGGAUGAAAAGGACAAUACUUCCGCUCAAAAUCAGUUGCUGCCUCAGUGGCGUCCAGCUGACAGUUUUCCUCUAAGGUAUCUUCGAAUAGGAAGAUUAGAUUCUUCUAAGGAACCGAUUGUAGCUUUAGAAACAGGGCUUUUUGAAGAACGUGCAGCUUUCUGGCGAAAACUUAGAGCACAUCAUUAUACAAAUUCUUUCGCUAUUGGUAGCAAUUCUAAGUUGCGAGAUGAGCUUUAAAAGCAUGAUUAACUGAAAAAUAUUAAAAACAAAGUAAAAAAUUUCAAUCGUUCUCUUGUUACUUCAUGUAAGAAUGUCAGUAUUACAUUCGUGAUAUUGAGCAUUAAAAAGGAAAUAGAAUGAUAUUACAAAGGGAUUUUUCUUUAGACUAACCCUGCAACCAUUACACCUAGUAAUAGAGUAAAAAACAUUCAGCUGUAAAUAAAUUUUUAGCACAUCUCAAACAUCAGUACGAAUAUAGGGUAAAUGUACCAGUAUCGGGCAGGUUAAUGCAGCAGUUUCACAAAAACUGCACGUACACUUACAAUUUUUAUUUUAUCUCAUGAAAGUGACGAUAUUUUGAAUGAUUAACUAUUGUUUUCUGUUGUGAUAUUUUUUAUUUGCCGAAAUGAAUUUUUUAGAAAUAUUCGUGAAGUCCCCCCGCCCGCAGGUUGACAACAAUAUUUAAAACUGAUUUACACUCUCAUUUUCCUAAGAUGUAUAAAAAAGUAUUUAAAUUAUUAAUUUUAUGUUGCCCAUUUUGGUCAUUUAGCUGGCAGUUUUUACAGUCUCUUUGAUGUGAGUUACAAAUAAAGGAGGCAUUGCAGAAAAGAGACAUAUGUCGAGUAUAGACAACGACUCUGACUGACUCAUAAAUUAUUAUUUUUCUCUGAAAUCAUUGAAUUUUUUAUAAUAAAUUCUGCAUACUUUCAUUGGUUUAUUGCUUCGGUUCUCUUAAUAACGAAACCUGCCGAACUAUUGGCUGACAGCAAAUCUGACGAAAAAUGCUGAGCUCUGCACAUUUUGUUUGAUAUUUUGAAAAGUAUACUAAGAAAUGUUGUGAAACUUCGUAAAUGAAUAACAAAUGGGCAUAUCUUUAUGCUCAGACAAUUUUCAACGCGUUUUUUGCAUGAUUUCACGUUUUUAGUUACCCUUCCGAAAACUGGUACAAUUACCCUAGUAUUUUUUCAAAAAUGUAUAAAUUGAUGUUGUAAAAGUAUACACAAAAUUUUGUUAUGUUAAACCUACCUGUGGAUUUGCUUAGCAUAAACAUUAACUCUAAUAUGACAUUUAUCGAUUUCGGAAAAUCCUAUAUUUUUUUUAUGCCGGUCAUUGUUUUACAUCAAACAUUACAAAAUAUAUCACAUGAACAGACAAAGUCAUGUUCAUCGAGCGACUAUAGUUUUUAGGCACAUGCGCAGUGUACUGGUGAAUAUUCACCUCAUAACUUUUAUUCUUCCAUCUGACAGUGAAAAUAUAUAGUCAGAACGUUUAAUAACUUGCUGCUAUUACGACUAUCAACCACAUACAAAGUAACCCAUAUCCAUCCAAGCAUUUUGAAUAAAUUAUGUUUUGUUACCAA